UCCUCGGUCGGUAAGUCUACGUCGGCGGAAGAAAUCUUCGAGAAUGGCGAGUCCCCGAACCAGACGUGUUCUGAAAGAACUAAAACCGAGGGACGGAAACAAUUGUUGUUUCGAAUGCGGGGCUCACAACCCUCAAUGGGUCAGCGUUACCUACGGGAUAUGGAUUUGUCUCGAAUGCUCUGGAAAACAUCGCGGCCUUGGCGUACAUUUAAGUUUCGUCAGAUCAGUUACUAUGGAUAAGUGGAAGGAUUCGGAACUAGAAAAAAUGAAGGUUGGUGGUAAUGACAAAGCAAAAGCAUUCUUCAGCUCUCAGCCAGACAUCCAUCAGGGCCAAUCUCUCCAUGACAAAUACAACUCAAAAGCAGCUGCUCUUUACAGAGACAAAAUCACAGCCUUAUCAGAGGGACGCUCCUGGUCCCCUGAGACAUCAGAAGCAAGAAACUAUGUGGCACCCAUGCAUAGGAGCUCAAGUAGCUCUAAUUUCAGAGGGGGCAGUUCAACCUCUAUAUCACACAGUGCAUCAACACCAAACUUUAUGGGCAUGUCUAGAAAAGAAGUAAAUGCCCAAAGAGACGAGUUCCUUAGCAGAAAACAUGAGGAAAAUGCUUCAAGACCAGAUAAUCUACAUCCAAGCCAAGGUGGAAAGUAUGUUGGCUUUGGUUCACAGCCAGUCGUUCCAGCUAACAACAGUAAUUCAGGUUGGGAUGCUGCCUUUUCAUCAUUUUCUUCGGGAUGGAACACAUUUGCAGCCAGUGCUGUUCAGCUGGCCUCCACUGCCUCCUCACAGGCUGUGAAACUAGGAACGACUUUGAAUGAAAGUGUUGUCAAGCCAACAGCAGGAAAGGCGGUAGAAUUAGGAUCUCAGAUGAAUGAUGGAGUGAAACAGAUUUCAUCCAAGGUUCAAGAGGGAAAGUUAUUCGAAGACAUGACAACUUCCAUGUCUUCUCUUGCGAGCAAGGUGAGGGAUGCAAGCACCAGAAGCUGGUCAACAGUCCAGACAGCUAGUGUGAAAGGCUGGUCUAACCUGCAAACCUAUGUGAACCAGGGAGAGACGGGCGGUGAUGCGCUGACAAGCGGCCAGCAGUCGGGGGGAUAUGGCAGCAUGAAUGACCCUGUAACGGUCAACUCCAAACAGCAAGAUGAUGCUGACUUUUGGUCGUCUUGGGGAGAGGACGAGUCUUCAAAAAGUAACUCAAAUUCGAUGUCAAAUGGAUCAGUAAAGAGUAAUGAGAACAGUUCAAACGUUCAAAAGCAGUCAAGCAGUGAGUUUGAUGAUUCGUGGGGCUGGGGCGAUGAUGAGCCAGUGAAACCAGCAACUAAAAAGCCAUCGUCUCCGAGGAGUAAGAAAUCGCCACCACCCCAGACUCAAGCUAGCGGUUGGGACGAUAAUGACUGGGGACAAGUUGAUAGCUGGAGCAAUGAGAACUGGGAUUCAUUAACACCCCAGAAAACAAAUAAGAGAACUGCCAGGACUGGGAAUAGAAACAAGGCUGACUAACAAUGUUUUAGUAAUUGGACAAGAGAUUCUACAUGCUUUACCAAAUAAGGCAGGUAAUGGUGCGAGAGAAUUCCUUCUUAUCUUUGACGUUAAGAAAUACUGGCUUGUACUUGAUUCCUACAAAAUUAACUGUCCUCUUACUAUUCUGUCAAAGUGCACUGUUUAACAGUCUGAACAGCUGUGAGAUGACUAGCAACCUUGCCUCUAACAUUUGAUAACUUUUGGGGACCUGGCUGAAUUUAUCUCACUUGGAUUUGUCACUUUAUAACCACAAGGGUAGUGGAACAAUGACCUUCCGGCUUCUGAGAAAUUAGGCUUUAGAACCUCGUGGGAAUUUUAAUUGCCUGGUGCUUACUUUAACUAAACAACAUUGUUUUGACGCACAUUGUUUUGUGUGUGUGUGUGCAUGUUCAAAAGCACCUUUAUUCCAAGAUUUAUUUAGUUUUUUGUUACUUACAUUCAAUGUGCAUGUCAAACCAGUGUUGCCCAGUUUACCCAUUGUUUAAAUAAGUUUGUGACUAAAUGGACUUUCAUGUACUUGAAAACAUUUUAGAAAUGAAUUUUAGGCAAUGUGUUCAACAUAUUUUAUCCUUUUUAGGGAGCGGUCAUUAAUUACUGGGGGGGGGGGUUGGCAAAUAUGUUGGGGGGCUAUGUUUUUGGGGCACCGAUUUAGGGGGGCGGUCACAAUACAAUCAGUUUAACAAUAAAACAAAUACUUUAAAAUAUUGCAAAACCUAGACUCAAUGUCUUUGUUAACAUUGUCAACGACGUAGUUGUUUUCAAGCGACACGGGUGUUUGUUGUUUAUAGGAUUCAUACUAAAAUUAAAUAGGACAAAAUUGCCAUGCUGGAUGAUCUAUAUUUUAGUAAAGGUUAUAUUCAGACACACUCAGGGGGUCACGAUUUUUGGGCUUGGAUUUAGGGGGGGGGGAAUUUUUUAGCCCAGUGUUUAGCAAAAACACCCCCCCCCCCCCCCCAGUAAUUAAUGACUGCUCCCUUAGUGCUUUUUUUCUUUCAUGCUGUAUUUCAGUAAUAUUUAUUGUGCCACAUAAUAUCUCCUGCUGGUUACUAUCAAAAUAUUGUAAUAUUUUAUUUUUUGAGGGAGAGGGAUUUAGAAGUUGAGCCUUGGACAUAUAUUCAAACAAAUAAAUGAUGGAAAUGGAUUGA